CAGCUGUCAACUGUUUCAAAACAUAACCUCAAAUUCCUCAAAUAUUUAUUUACGUUUUAAACAUAAAAAUAGCUAUGUAUUUCUAAUAAUAGUCACUCAAGACCUAAAAAAUGCUUAACUCUAAUUCGCUGCACCGCUGUUUGAGGUUUUGCCUCCGCAAACCUUCAGUAAUCGACGCAAAUCUUUUCUACAAUGGCGCAGUUUUCGUGCGACACAAAACAACGAAAGUUAAGACCGCUAGCUCAGUGUAUAGGACUAUGAAUAUAUUUGAUAGGAAGGCCAAGAUGCUGCAGAGGGAACGGUCGGCCCAAAGAGACGAUUAUCACCAGGUAGAGCAUAUUAGAGAAGAAGUAGGAUGGAGGACUGCCGACAGGGUUUUUGAUAUAAAAAGGACGUUUAAAAACGCUGUGGAACUCGGGGCAAGUCGUGCGUAUGUCUCCCGCCAUUUUCUCCCAAACAGCGUGGAGAAGGUCACGCUGUGCGACACAUCACAGACUCACUUAGACAAAGCAAUCGUUGGUGACGGAGUCCAGUUCGAGAAGAUUGUUAUGGACGAAGAGAACAUUGAUUUUCCAGACAACAGCAUAGAUUUAUUUGUGUCGUCGCUGGUUUUACACUGGGUGAACGACCUGCCUGGAUGCUUUGACAAGGUCAUGAAAUGCCUGAAACCUGAUGGGGUGUUCAUGGCCACAGUAUUCGGCGGAGACACUCUAAUGGAACUCCGCCAAGCGUUACAGCUGGCCGAGACGGAGCGCUUGGGGGGCGUGUUUCCGCACAUAUCACCGUUCACCAGGAUCCGGGACAUUGGGGGGCUCCUCAAUGCAAGCGGCUUCACCCUCCAAACAGUCGACGUAGACUCCAUAACCAUAUGGUACCCAUCAGCCUGGCACGUCAUGAACGACAUCCGAACUAUGGGCGAGUCGAACGCGGCGUUUAAUCGCCCGCUGCGUUUGUCGCGCGACGUGCAAUUCGCCGCCGCUGCGAUUUACGAAGAAAUGUAUGGGAAAGAAAUUCCGGAGCGCAAAACCCGCGGCGUUCCAGCCACGUUCCAAAUAAUCAACUUCCUAGGCUGGAAACCAGACCCGUCACAGCCUAGACCGAUGGAGAGAGGCACAGGAGAGAUGUCUCUUAAAGAUCUCCAUAGGAUAGACGAAAUCAUUCAGGACACCAAGAAAAUACCACUCUCUGAUGAGGAUAUGAAGUAAAUUGGUCACUUUUGUGACGAAUUUCUGCGGAAGAUUAGUCACACAUCUAUGUCAGAUUUCUACAGAAUAUUGGUUACAUAAACAUGACAAUUUAUGCAGUGAAUUGGUCACGUAGUUAUGACGAGUUUCUUCAGUGAAUUGCUUACACUUACACAACUGUGGCGAAUUUACUUAAAGAACUUUAACUCAUAUUGUCUUUCUUUAAUGUAAAAGAGAGGUACAGGAGAGAUGUCUCUUAAAGAUCUCCACAGGAUAGACGAAAUCAUCCAGGACACCAAGAAAGUACCACUCACUGAUGAGGAUAUGAAUUAAAUUGGUCACAUUUGUGACGAAUUUAUACGGAAGAUUAGUCACACAUCUAUGUCAGAUUUCUACAGAAUAUUGGUCACAUAUCUAUACAUGACAAUUUAUGCAGUGAAUUGGUCACGUAGUUAUGACGAGUUUUUACAGUAAAUUGCUUACACUCACACCACUGUGGUGAAUUUACCUGAUUAAUUUUUACCUAUAAUGUCAUUAGUGUAAGAGAGAUGCACAGUAGAGAGAGAUAUCCUUUCAGUCAGAUUUCAGUUGUCAGAUUUCUACAGAAUAUUGGUCACAUAAACAUGACAAUUAUGCAGGAAUUGGUCACGCAGUUAUGACGAGUUUCUUCAGUAAAUUGCUUAAACACACCACUGUGGCGAAUCUAUCUGAUGAAUUUUAACCCAUAUUGUCUUACUUUAAUGUAAAAGAGAGGUACAGUAGAGAUGUUUCUUAAAGAGCUGCAUAAGAUGGAUGAGAAAAUCCAGGACACCAAGAAAUUAAUGCUCACCGAUGAGGACAUGAAGUAAACUGGUCACACUUGUGACGAAUUUCUGUACAUUCGUCACACUGUUAAGACGAAUUUCUCAAGUGUAUCGCUCAUCCCUCCCUCUAUGACAAAAAUAUCCAGUAGAUUGGUCACACAAUUUUGACGAAUAUCUCCAGUAAAUUGGUCACAUGGCUAUGACGUAUUUCUGUAGUAAAUUGGUCACAUUUAUGACGAAUAUCUUUAGUAAAUUAGUCACGACUGUGACGAAUUUAUCCAACAGAUUUUUAACCAUAUGUCUUCGGUGUCAGUUUCAAAACUGUUCCCACCAUCUGACGUAGGUAUACCGCGACAGCACAACCUACUAAAGAUGAAUAUUGUCGUCAAUUGAUGUUGAUCCUUAUACUCCAGACAUUAAGGUCGAAAUCAUUUUGUAUUAGGUCGAUGAGCUGACGAUAUUAUAAUAGUGUACCAUACAUGUUGUUGUUAGUUGUUAGUAAUAAUAGAAUGAGAUUUAUUUAUUGUAAAUAAUAAAAAGGUUUUUUGUUUUAAAGCUUUUAUUUUUAAUCUUUGGCAUUUGUCUUUAAUUCCGUACGAUCCAAUAAGGUUUAUUUCAGAGAAACUCGGAAUUUCGUAAAUACAGCGUUUAUUAUUUUAAAAAUACUUUUAUACAAAGCAAAACACCCGCCAUAGCACACGAAAUGAGAGAGACAGAGCAUCACAGUAAGUGCUAUCGUUUUUAUACUUUUCUAACUGUCCCGGCGAACUUCGUACCGCCUAUGUUCGUCAGAAAUAAUGUAGGAUUCUAAUAGUGAAAGAAUUUUUCAAGUCGAUUCAGUACUUUCGGAGUCAAUUCAAUACUAAUAAACAAACAAUAAAUCUUUCCCAUUUAUUUUAGUGUAGACAGUUGGCAACACUGCUGCGAGUGAGAGAACCUUACUAUACAGUGGCGCCAUCCUGUAGGCUGAGUGUGAGUUUACAUCAAAUGUCCUCACUAGUGAACGCGUUUAAAAAAUGUAUGAAAAUUUUAGUUUUUGAACGUUUCCCGCUAGGGGCGCUGUACAAUCCGUCAUACAUUUAAUGUCAUUUUUUGACGCGCUCACUAGUGAGCGCGUUUGAUGAACACUCACAGUAGGCUCUCUGGUGAGGGUAAAUACGAUAGCCUUUUCAUUAAUUCCAUUUAAGUUUCUCAAAACUUAGAAAUUAUAAAAGAUCUUCCUAUGUUAAUUAAACAGACUGCUUCUUUUU